CACCCUUCAAAUUCAGCAUCUUCCCUACGGUACUCCGUAUUCGCUACCAUACCGCAUCGUCAUUCGGAAUCAUCAAUCAUGUCACGACUCAUCAUUACUCCCAGCGUGCUCUUUGCAUGGCUGAUGACCGUACUUGCGCUGAGCGCAACAGCGUCUGCUCAAAUGCAAGUCCCUCCCCACUACUCCGGCGAAGCCCAGAAGCUGGCCGAUCCAAACCACGGGCACAUUCCCGGCCAGUCGGACCACUACAGCAGCUACUGGGGUCUUGAGCGACCGUUCCCCGGCAACAUCACGGAUCCGAUCUUUCCGACCGAACAUGGGCCUCCGGGCGAGGACGACCAUGUCUGGCAGGACUUGCUCGCUGCCGAGUGGAUCAUCUUCGAGUUCUACCAGCAAGGCAUCGAGCGCUUUACCGACCAGGACUUCAUCAAGGUCGGCAUGCCUGCCCACACGCGUAGGCGUCUCAUGGAGAUACGCAACAACGAGGCUGGCCAUCUCCGCAUCUUCCAGAACCAGAUCUCGCCAACCUCUGUCAAACCUGGCCGGUGCAAAUAUGCCUUCCCCUUGAGCGACCCCCUUUCGUACCUCGCUUUCACGACCGUCAUUGAGAUCUCGAGCAUGGCAUUUCUGUCCGGCCUCCUCCAAGAGGCCAAAAACGUGCGGAACCAGGGCGCCAUGGCGGUGCUCUCCCAAACCGAGACCCGGCACGAGACCUGGCUGUUGAUGGACAUCUGGAAGGCGAAUCCCUUCGCCGGACCGUCGGAUACCGAGUUCCCGUACGCCGGCCAGAUCUUGGAAAGCACUCGCAGCCUCAUCGUCCCGGGAAGCUGCCCGCCAGAGAAUCCGGAAUAUCCGCAUAACCGCCAGAAUCUGCCCGCCAUUUUCGCGACGUACGACACCAAGACCGUGACCCCGGGGUCCACCAUUACGCUCAACUUUACCGAACCGGAUAACCAGCCCGCCUUUGACGCCAACACGCAGUAUUAUGCCGUCUUCGUUCACACCCUGCACAACAUUAGCGUCCCAAUUGACACCAAAGACUUCCCGCACAAGCCAAUUGCCGUCACCAUCCCAAAGGACUUUGAGACGAAGGGUGUGAUCAUGGCUCUGAUCGCCAACCAGCCAGGCGCUCCCACCAAAGAGUCCGUCGUGGCCGGUCCUGCGGCAGUUCUGGAACAGCCGGCGGAAGUGGGCGCGGCGUUGGUGAACGGGGGUGCAGCUCUGCGACAGUCAGCGGGACGGCCAGCCGGCGUGAGGGCGCGCCAGGCAAACGGGGGCCAAGCCGGGGCCAAGGCUCUGACAAGUUUUUCUCUUGUACUCGGCACACUUAGUGUUGUUACUCUUUCUUUCUGGUAGUAAAUAACAGGCGGAUUCUCUUUGCU